AUGUCGUGUGGACUCCCACCCGGACAGGGGACUGAGCUGGGUCACCUCCAGCGCCCCUUCCAGCGCUUCCAUUCUCGGGUUCUCUUAUUGUCCUUGGUGGACACAGAGGGCGUCAACCAGCUGGAUCCAGGGAACUGGACACAUUUAGCCUUGAAAACAGACAAAGGAGGUGGCUAUGACAGCCCCUCGGAGCACCUGAAGGAGCCAAGGCCCUCACUGGCGGCCUUCAGCUACUGGGAGGCUGGCACUUCACUUCUGUCCAGCAGACCAUUUUCUGAAGAACUCCUUCCAAGGACCUCAGGAACAGUCCAGGGGAACUGGGCAGGGUGGGCUGAGCAAAGUGGGGGACUCAAGCAGCAUCAAGCAUUGGGCCUCUUUGUCUUUCCUUCUCUGCAGCUUGCGGGCACGGCUGUCCUCGGAAUUGGACUGUGGCUUCGAUUUGAUUCCCAGACCAAGGAUAUCUUUAAAUCGGAGCACAAUGAUACAAGUUUCUAUACAGGGGUUUACAUUCUGAUUGGAGCCGGUGCCCUCAUAAUGCUGGUGGGCUUCUUGGGGUGCUGCGGAGCCAUACAGGAGUCCCAGUGCAUGCUUGGCUUGUUUUUCACCUUCCUUCUCGUGAUAUUUGCUCUUGAAGUGGCAGCCGCCAUCUGGGGAUUUACACACAAAAAACAGGUCAUUGAUGAAAUACAGACUUUUUAUAAAUCCGUAUAUGAGAAGAGAAAGGAGCCAAGUGUGAGAGACACCCUGAAAGCCUUUCAGCACUCAAUGGGUUGCUGUGGCCUCACAGGCUUUAUAGAGCCCGAGUACCGGGAUACCUGUCCUGAUAACCUGAGGCCGUGCCCCGCGUCCAUUGAAGAAUUCUUCGAAACCAAGUUGAAUGUAAUCAUAGCUGUCGGCAUUGCGGUUGCUGUGGUGAUGAUUUUUGGUAUGAUUUUCAGCAUGAUUCUUUGCUGUGCUAUCAGAAGAAACCGAGAAAUGGUCUGAAAGCAUUCCGGAGAGUCCCAACUCCUCAUCCAAAGAAUCUCCAGUUAUUAACUUAGCAUUUUAAAUGGCAUUUCUAAAAGUAUAUAUUUCGUUUUUAAAGGCUUUAUUUAGUUUGGAUGUUCUUAAUUUUUUGCUCUGUAAGUUUAUAAAUCUUAAAAGGAAUCUACUCUUGAAAAGAUACUAUAUUUGUAAAGCUAAAGUCCAACCACUUGUAUAUAAAGUUUUUGUCUCUUAAUUGAUGUCUUGCUUUCUAUAAGCUUAAAACUGGGAUGUAAUUUAUGUUGGAGAAAUUUUCAUACUUAAUAAAGAUUUAAGACCACA